CUGUUAUUUUAAACUAAAACUCCACUCUUUUUGGUGCUACUAAUAUUGUAAGACACUGUUAAUCAGAUUCUUAAGGAUGUGAGUUGUUGUAAAGAGGUUCCACAUUUCUGAUAACUGUUUGUAGAUAAAUAUCAGCUCCAAGUUCUUAUUAUUAGGCUCUUUUAAUUUGUGAUAUGUGGAAUCUCCCCUACAUUUUAAAGUAAAUUCAGGCUUAUGUUGUUGUUUGCUAUGUACACUCAAUAUGCGAAACUGACACUCAUUUUUUCACAACUUUUGCACUUGCAUUUGACAACUGGUUUUGUUUUUAGCCAAACCCAUUGCAAGUCUUUGGUACCCACCACCAUCCUGUCCCACUAUCUCCCAUAUUCUUAUGCAGUAUACUGAUAUUUUUGGUCAUUUCUUAUGAGAAUUGAUAGCUAUUAUUGAUGAAGUAUGUUACUUCCAUGUAAAUUGCAGCAAGUUAUUCUCUCAGAUUACUUUGCCCUGCUUUGCUUGUUGAUUGUAUGCUGGUAUUUCCUUUUCCUUUUCGUUUUUUCUCAUGGCAUGUAUCUUGACAGAAAGUUUGAUAUGGGGACAUUAAAUCCUUUGUGGUUCUUCAUGAAGAAGUCUAUGACAGUGGCUCUGUUUGGUAUAACAAUUUCUGACAGAUAUGCCACUGUUUAUUCUUUAACGGGUACAUCUAUGAGUCCCACAUUUACAACAAGCAGUCCUGGUUUUCCUGGAUAUUUGAAAGGUAUAUCCUUUGUGAAAGCAAUACAAGCAAAGAAUGAUCAAAUGUUCAUUGGUUAUGUAAAAAGGAAUCUGUCAAAACUGAUCCGUAGAAUGAUCACAGGUGAUAUUGUGCUGGUUGAAAAGUUCUGUCUUGAAAAGUAUAAAUUUUCACGUGGGGAUGUAAUUGCCUUCAAAUCCCCGAGUGAUCACAAACGGGAAUUUGUCAAAAGACUAAUUGCAUUGCCUGGUGAUUCGAUGCAAAUUCCAGAUACAUCUGAUAUACUGAAGAUUCCAGAAGGUCAUUGCUGGGUUGAAGGUGACAAUAAAGAAUUUAGUUUGGAUUCGAGACAUUUUGGCCCUAUUCCUUUGGGCUUAGUUCAAGGGAGAGUGACACACAUUAUUUGGCCGCCACAAAGAAUAAGUAAGGUAGAGAGAAAGGUGGCAAUGGAGAGAGUCAGAUCAACUUAAUUUUGUUUUACAAGGUUUCCUCCUCUCCUUAUGAUUCAUCAUAUUUCUAGACCUGCAAUUUGCAAGAUGCAACAAGUAUUAUUCUGCAAUAGAAAUCCUAAUUUCUGUGA